AUGAUAACAACAUCAACUACACCAACUACAAUUACAUCAUUACCACCAUCAACUACAACAAACACUACAACAAACAAUAUUAAUUCAUCAUCCAUUGUUGGUAUUUGUAGAUCAUAUUCAAAAAAUGGUGUUUGUUUAAUCGAUGGAUGUAUGUACAGUCAUCCGCCAUACAUUAAACAACAUAAUCAACAAUCAUACCAACCAAAAUCAAACAACACUUUAUUAUUACCAUCAUCUCAAAAAAACAAUGAAAUAUCACCAGCAUCAUCUUGGGAGGAAGCUGGUAACUAUCAUCACAUCGUUUCAACUCCAGAUUCAUUUUAUAAAUCAAACCAAAAUUCAAUAGGAUCAAUUCCACCACCACCACAACAACAAGCUCAACAACAGGUUCAACAACAACAACAACAACAACAAAAUUAUCCAAGGGUAGCACAUUUUCUUUACCCACCAAAUUCACCAAACCAACCAACCCAUUUAAUGAGUGGACCACAGCCUCAAUUUAUUUUAUCUUAUCAAAUACCACAACAACCACCACAAACACAACCACCACCACCAAACCAUAAUAUAGCAAUAAUAAAUAGUAACAACCCCAACAAUAGUAAUAUAAAUAAUAGUAAUAUAUUAAUAAAUGGAGCAAUAACUACACCAAAUGGAACUCAUAGAAAAAUUUGUAAAUUUGUAACACGUUGUAAAUAUGGAGAUGAAAAAUGCCCAUUCUAUCAUCCAAAACCAGGUGAUCCAUUUUAUUCCCAAAUCAUUAAUAAUAGUAUCAAUAGUAAUAGUAGUAGUAAUAAUAGUAGUAGUAGUAAUAGUAAUAAUAGUAAUAGCGGCAAUAGUAGUGUUUUAGUUCAAGAUGUGAUGCCAUUACCACAUCACUCAUAUCCAACAUAUCCACCACAAAAUAUUUAUACAACUUCACCACCACCACCACCUCCACAACACAUUCCAUACUUUUAUAAUAAUAACAGACAACAACCCUCACCACCAUUCAGUCCACCAUCACCACCACAACAUAGCGAAUAUAGUUUAAAUCAUCAUUACCAACCACAACCACCACCACAACCACCACAACUUCACCAUCAUCAUCAUCAACCACAAAUUUAUCAACCUCAAGUUCAUCAUCAUCAACCAAAUCACCAUCAUCAUCAACCACAACCACCUCAAAUUCACCACCAUCACCAUCAACCACCACCAACUCAUCAUCAUCACCAUCAACUACCAACUCACCAUCAUCAACAUCAUCAACAAAUUCAACAACAACAACAACAACACCAUCAUCAUCACCAUCAACAACAACAACAACAACAACAACAACAACAACAACAACAACAACAACAACAACAACAAGUCCAACAACAACAACACCAUCAAUCACAUCAUCAUCAACAUCAUCAUCAUCAACAUCAACAACAUAUUCAACCAAAUCAAAAUAUUGAAAUGGUAAAACCAAAUUACAUUUCAAUUUCACCAGAGGAAUUGAUUCAUUCAUUAUCAUUCUCAACCUCUUCAACAUCAUCAUUAUCAGAUCAACUUCUUUCAGAUGAUUCAUCAAAGAUUUGUUCAUCAUCUGUAUCAUCAUCACUCCCAUCACCAUCAUCUACCUUAUCAACACCAUCACCACCAACUACUCCAAAUUCAACUUCAGCUGACCCUGUCUCUUUAUAUAUUGAUCAAAACUCUCAAUCAAAUAACAAUGAGAAAACAUUUGCAACAAAUACUAAUACCACCACAACAACUGCAACACCAACAGAAGUUAAGCCACUCCAAAAUAUUACAGAAGAGAAAUCAAAUCAAUCUGUUAAUACUAUCUCUAUAAAUGAAAAACCAAAGGAUCAACAAGAGUUUAAAAAACACAAUAAUAAUAAUAAUAAUGGUAAUAAUAAUGGUAAUAGUGGUAACAAAUAUAAUCGUGGCAACAGUGGUAAUAAUAUUUUACAAUCAAAUACAAACUCUAGUACUCCAGACAGAAGACGUAAAAUGAAUAAUACAUCUGAUAAUAAUAGUAAUAAUAGUGGAAUUAAUGGUUAUAAUAAUAAUAAUAAUAAUAAUAAUAAUAAUAAUAAUAAUAAUAAUAAUAAUAAUAAUAAUGGCAAUGGGAAUACUAACUACAAAAGACAACCAUUUAAUACUGACAAGAGACCAGUAUCUGAUAGAAGAGGAGACAAUAACAAUAAUAGUAAUAAUAACAACAGAAGACCACAAAGAUCAAACGAUUCCACUUUUAAUAAUAAUAGUAAUAAUAAUAAUAACAACAAUAAUACAGCACCAACCACCAACACAACAGUUAUAACACCAACACCAACUACUCAACCACAAACUCUAACAUCAUCACCACCACCAGCAACAACAACAACAACAACAAUAACAACAACAGCAAUCCAAACACCUAUCAUUUCAACACCACCACCAACUACAACUACACAACCACAAACCUUAACACCACCAACUCCCCAACCAAAUACUACAACUUCAUCAAGCGCACAAUCACCAAAUCCAUCACCAAGUAAAUCAUAUAAUAAUAGCAACAAUGGAUCACCAUCAUCUGGUUACAAAGGUAAAAAAAAAAUUAAUACUGUAAAUGGAUCCCCAACAAUUAAUCGUAGCAAUGGAGCACCACAAAAUAAUAAUAAUAAUAAUAAUAAUAAUAAUAAUAAUAAUAAUAAUAAUAAUAAUAAUAAUAAUAAUAAUAAUAAUAAUAAUAAUAAUAAUAAUAAUAAUAAUAAUACUAAUAAUAAUAAUAAUAAUACAAUCAAGCAUCAAUCACGUGGCCAACAAUCCCCAUCUCCACCAAAAAAAAUUUAA